CAAGAACAUAUUCAGAUAGAUCAGGAAGUGUUUUUUCACUCUGGCGCUGACUGAGCAGACUGCUGCUUCUGCUGGCGGUCUGCCCUCCUCUGUAACGGUGCCUCAUCAAAGCGAUGGCACUCGUCUAGCAGAGCCCUGAGGACCUUCAUCUCCUCCGGGACAAACACAUGGAAACAGCCGCAUUCAGGCAGGAUGGGCUCCAGACUGAAACAAAACCCCGAGCGAACUUUCAACUGGUUCUUUGAAGCGACAUGCCCUGUAGCCAGAGACAAAGAUCCUGGAGUAAAGUUUCAGUUUCCAGAAGACUUCAGGGAUGAGGGAUCCAGUCAAACUUUGCCCAGGUUCUGCUUCCCGUACGACAUCCAAAGACAGAGGGAUGGGGUGGCCGUCCAGCACUUUACUUUUGUUCUGACUGACCUGGAGGGAUGCCAGCGCUUUGGUUUCUGUCGCCUCACCAACAGCACACAGACGUGCCUUUGCAUCCUAAGUUAUCUCCCGUGGUUCGAGGUGUUCUACAAACUUCUCAACAGUCUGGCCGACUACCUCUCUAAAGGACAGAUCAAUGAGAUCAAGGCGCUCCUGGCUACGCUCUACAAGCAGACCAUCCCGCUGGCUCCCGGAUCCGUCACCCUGCAGAUGGGAGAGCAGCUUUUGGUGAGCACUGAGGUGUCCCGUUCUGUCGGACACACAGAGGGACCAGAGGGGAUUCCAUAUUUUAUCGCUCCAGAUCCAAAGAGUCUUCCUUCUAUUCCUGAAAAUAGAAACCUGACUGAGCUGAUAGUAGCAGUAGAUGUCGGGAAUCUCCUUCAGCUCUAUGCCAGCAUGCUGUUCGAGAGGCGGAUCCUCAUCUUCUCCAGCAAACUCAGCACCCUAACGUCUUGCGUACACGCUCUCAGUGCUGUUUUAUACCCGAUGUACUGGCAGCACAUCUUCAUCCCUGUCCUGCCACCACAUCUACUCGACUACUGCUGUGCGCCCAUGCCUUAUCUGAUUGGAGUCCACACCAGUCUUUCGGAGCGGGUGAGGAGUCGUGGGUUAGAGGAAGUGGUUAUUCUGAAUGUUGAUACAAACACUCUGGAAACCCCCUUUGAUGACCUUAAGAAGAUACCUGCAGAUGUGAUGUCCGGCCUGAAGGUCUGCUUGAAGCGACAGGCAGUGUCUCCUGGCUGUGGUGUUUCUCGAGCUUUCCUGAAGGCUCAAGCUCUGCUGUUCGGAGGCUACAGAGAUGCCCUGCAGGGCGACAAGGAGGGUGACAUUUAUUUCUGUGAAGAGGUUUUUUUGGAUCACAAGUCUACCAGCAUGAAGCAAUUCCUGCAAAGCGCCAUUCAUUUGCAAUUCUUCAAACAGUUCAUUGACGGUCGCCUGGAUGUUCUUAACAAAGGGAAAGAACUCGAUGACCUUUUCGAGGAAGAGAUAACAAAGUGUGAAACAACAGCAGGAAGAGGCAAAUCUUAUCAGCAGUUAGUUGGCAAUUUAAAGAAAGGGGGCGGCGCUCUCAUCCUAAACAUGAAGACCAAAGCAAACAUGAAGACUAAAGGUCUCACCAAAUCCGGUUUGAAAAACCUGCUGAUUCACAAGGUCCACCAUGAGGACCGCAGCCUCCAGAGGGGCGGAUCGAUGUCACACCGCCGUGUCCAGUCUGACAGCUUACAGAGCCGCCUGCCCAUCACACAACACUUUGGAAAAUCACGGCCUCGCCGACCUGCUCAGAAAAUCAGAGACAAGGACAUCACAAAGGACACAGAAGAUCUCUGGGACAGUGAGGAGAACUCGAGGCUCGCUGGACAGCCUGACUCCGAGAUUCUGAAGGAAGAAGAAGAAGACGAAGACGAUUCACCGUUAUGCGACUCAGAGGAGAUGGAUCUCCUGGGGGAGAUCUUUGACACUCUUAGCUCGCGCAGCUCCCACGACCGAGGCCUGUUGUAUGGCACUCGCAGCCUGGAUUUGUUUGGACCAGACAGCCAUGACUACAUCAUUAAGCGUGUUCCAGGCAACCCCAGCCAGGAGAGCCUGUCUCUGUCCAUCAGCGGCAGCGGCAGCUUGCACAGCUGGAAUCUGGAGACCACAGAGGAGCUCUCGGAUCGGACGGAGGACUCGGACUGGCACGGCCUGGACAGCAGCUUGCUAGAGGAGGAAGGAGCAGAAUGUCUCCUGGUGGCAAGUGAGGUCGCCGAGCACGAAGCGAAACAAAGGGAGGUCAGGGAAAAACAGAGAGAAUCUGAUGGAGAAAUAAAUGAGAAGCAGGAAAUAACCAACAGCGAUAACUUUAAGGAAGUGAAGAUAGAAGAGGAGCCAAGUAAAGAAGACAUAGCAAGCUUUGGGGAAAGCUCGCAAGAAACGACUGAAGGAAAAGAAGACGAAAGAAUGAAGGAUGACGGGAAAGAUGAGGGAACUCAGAGCGAGGAGGUAGCUGUGUUACAAGAGGAGGAAGGGAAAACGAAUAACGUGCAGGAAAAUGAGACAAAAGAAGAAAUGAAAGAAACACAGAAGGAUACAAAUAAUGAUUCUACAGAAACAUUGAACUUAAAGUGUGUGAACAGAGAAGACCUGCUGUUGAAUUCGGUGGGAGAGCCGCAGAAUGACGCUACAGUCCCACCGGAGCCUGACGACAUUACCGCCGAGUCUAAACCGCCUCCAUCUGAGGAGAAAGAGAGUGAUAAAACCCCAAAGAAGGAGGAGCAGGGGCCCCGCGUGACCUCGCCUCCUCCCAAAGUCCUUUCCGCCGUAGCGCGCUUCCAAUGUCAGCCACACGGCCAGCAGGGAUUUCAGCUCAGGUCCGUUUCUAAGAACUCUGCCGAGCCUGCGUUGCGAUGCAGAGAAAAGGUACAGACUCCAUGUGAGUUGGACGCAAACAGAAACGCAGAGGCGUCUGAGGAGGAAGACCGCCCUCCGAUCAAAGUGUCUGAACUGAAGAAGAGAUUUGAAGCUUGAUGGUAACAUCUCAGUUUUCACUGGUUUAGGUGGAAACCCAAACAUCCCCAUCAA